AUGGCUAAACAACCGGGUAAAAUAUAUUUAGGGUACGAAGAUGAAGUAAUUGGUGACAAAAAUCAAACUCUGUUAAAUUACACGGUUAAUAAAAUCGGUGGACUACCUGACUGGCCACCUAUAGAAAAUAUCCAGUUUUCAUCUAAGUGUCCUUUGUGCGGUUUACACAGGCUUCUUGUUAUACAGUGCUAUGCCCCUCUUGAAAAUUCGGUGUAUCACCGCACUUUAUAUGUUUUCUCUUGUAUAAAUCCAAAUUGUUGGAUUCAGUCUGAAAGUUGGUUAUGUGUUCGAACCCAGUGCCAAGAGAAGUCAUCAAAUGAGCCAAGUGCUAUUGUUGCAAUGCCCAAUGCUGAAACUCAGGUGUCAUGGUGCAAUGGAGCAGAUGAGUGGGAUGAAAAUGAUAAUGACGCAGCCAACGGAAAUUUUAUGAAUGUUGACAAUGUUCCAAGCCCUAAUAAUGCUAUUCCACGAAAUUCUGAUGAAGAUGAGGAGAGUAACUCAUUUGAAUUAGAAACAGUGGAACAAGCUCUUGGUAAUCUUCAAGUAUUUGAUGCUCACAACGCCAACAUGUCCCCUAUACAAGGAGCUGUAGGCGCUAUUGGUGCACCUACUGCUGCAGCAGAAUUAGAGGGUGGUGACGAGCCUGGACUGGUUACAGUAGAUACACCUACUGCGCCAACCAACGAUGUUCAAGCAUUACUGCAUCAAACUGCAGAGUUGCCCCAUGAUUUAAGGAGUCGGUUGAUGUUAGGACCAUUACAGUUUGUGCCCAAAUAUAUGUAUGUUGAAGAAGAAUGGAACAAAUCGUCCAGUGCUGAUGAUAAAGUUACUGAAUUGCUCAAUAAAUAUACGAGGGAGAAUGAAAUCGAAGCUUGUGGAGGUGACCGAGUCGGGGUUGCGGUUGGAGCUGCCGGUGACGAUGAACCUUACGAAGAAGCGACACCUCUUCAUGGGGACAGAUUAUUCCAUGCUUUCCUCACUCGCUUGCGUAAGAAUCCUGGACAAAUACUUAGGUAUUCCCGGGAGGAGCCCCCGGUACUGGGCGCGCCACUGCCGAGCGCGGCGGGCACGCCGGAGUCUCCGAGCGUGCCCACGGUCUGUGCUCGAUGUGGCUCAAGACUGACCUGCGAACUGCAACUUGUACCAGAGUUCGCUGAAACUCUGCGGCUACACCCCACUAACAUUUCUCUUGCUCACUUACAUUUCCUCUCUGUACUCGUUUUUACUUGCUCACAAAGUUGCUGGCAGUCAUCCGAUACCCUCGUGAAGGAGUUUAUCGUAUUUCAACCCGAAGUUGUCUAA